ACCCAUAAAAGCGGCAUUCUUCGUCCGCCCGCUCUUAAAAGUAGCCCAUAAUGCGAACAGUGCUCACCUUCAUACCACUGCUGGUGCUCAGCUCCGGUGUCAAAAUACCCCCGAACUUCCACAAGUGCACCCGGAAGAGCCCGGAUUUCAAAACGUGCCUGUUAGAGUCCGCCAGAAAGGGGGUACUCGAGUUGGUCAGACCCUACCCGGAACUGACUAUCCCCAGUUUGGACCCUUUCGAAGUCCCGGAAGCCACCAUCAGAGGGAGAGAGGGACCAGUGAACGUACAACAACAAUACAAAAAGUGCAAGUUUUACGGAUUCCCGAGGUUACAGCUUGACGAAUUCGAGUUCAGUUUUGAAGAGAAGUUGGUCAAACUGAGUGGGGUGUUUCCGGAAAUUCAAAUGCUGUGCGACUACGAGUUGAAAGGGCAGGUUUUGGUUGUACCUGUUGUUGGAAAAGGCAACAGCACGAUUAUUCUGAAGAAUGUUAAAGCCACGGACGUUUUUUCAUACGAGGAAACGAAGAAGAUGGGCAAAACGUAUGCGAGGUUUAAGUCGAGUUCGCUUACGAUUGAUCCGGAUUUGGUAGUUUUUAAUUUUGAUAGUCAUAUUGAGGAGAUUUUUGUUGGUCCUUUUAAUACGGCUUUGAAUGACAACUGGAAGGUGGUUUUUGACGAUGUUAAAGGAAGUUACGAGCAAAUGUUCGACCAGAUUAUCUUGAGUGUGUUCAACAGAUUUUUCAACAAAGUGACUUUAGAAGAGGCUUUCGAUUGAGCGUGACCACCUAGAGGACCUGGUAAUCAUAUGUAUGCUACUAAGUGUUUAU